AUGACUAUCUUCCCUGUCAUUCCUGAGGCCGACAACAAAGAUAUCAUCAAAGCAUUCGGUGGUACAUCUUCCGCUCUGGCGGCUCUCUUUUCUCAUCCGCUGGAUCUAGUCAAGGUUCGGCUACAAGCACAACAUCACAAAGGAGCACUUGACAUGGUCGACACUUUCAAGCAUGUCUAUAACAGCGAAGGCGUAGCUGGAUUGUAUCGUGGCAUAUCGGCAUCCAUCUUGCGUCAACUCACCUACUCGACUGCACGUUUCGCAACCUACGAAAAGCUCAAGUACAUGGCCGAGGACGAUGGUACAAAGGCUCCACAUACCUUGCUCGUCGGACUCGCUGCAACCUCCGGAUUGGUAGGUGGUGUGGUUGGAAACCCAGCCGAUAUCUUGAACGUCCGUAUGCAAAAUGAUGCUGCUCUGCCAUCCGCCGAACGCCGCAACUAUGGAAACGCGGUCUGUGGAUUCGUCACCAUCGUACGUGAAGAGGGCUGGAAACAGAGCGUGUUUAGAGGCAUGGUGCCUAACCUUGGAAGAGGUGUGUUGAUGACGGCAGGGCAGUUGGCUGGAUAUGACGUGUUCAAGAUGGAGCUUCUCGCCCAAACCGACAUGCACGACGGUACUCUGACACACGUCACGGCCAGUACGCUCGCAGGUCUCGUUGCGACAACGCUUUGUAAUCCCUUUGACGUGCUGAAGACGCGAAUCAUGGCCAAGGAUGAACGUCUCGGUAUGUGGAAUAUGAUCAAGCUGCUUCCAGCGUUCAUUCGAUUGGGACCUCACACUGUAGCGACAUUCUUGUUCCUUGAGCAGCACAAGAAGUACUACAGAGCCCACUACGCGGAUUAG